UGGCUAAUCAUCCAAUGUGUUAUCAUCACAUUAUCGUUUGGUUGUUUCUUUACUUCAUAUUGACAAGUAUUAACAAGCUACUGUUAAUUGUUACAGCAAAUAGUUACCGUGAUUUUGUGGUUUUCUUUUAAUUGUCAAGACAAUUAAUACUCUUUGGAGAAACUGAUUUAAUUGUUCUCUCCCUUUCUUUCAUUUCUCCCUCUUUUUUUCAUUCCAUCAGCUGAUUAGGUUAAAUGAUGACACCAACAGUUGAAUGUUUCAUUUGGUUCCUCCGAUAGUUGAUUGAACGGUUUCGUAUUCCAAUAGAUUAAUUGUUACAAUUUAUUCCAUUAUCUGUGUGAUUAACCUGUUGAUUAAAUGGCUAAUCAUCUUGGACCUUUAAUGAUUUCGAAAGAAUCUGCUUUUUAUACUUCUUGUUAUUGUGAAGAAAAUGUUUGGAAACUCUGUGAAUGGGUUAGAGAUAAUGAACCGAAAUUGAUUGACUUUUGUUUCGCUGUUUUCAUUUCCAAUGGUUCAGAAAAAGUUCCGCUUUGGUUUCAACAAGCGGGCGACGAUGAUUGUCAAGGAUUCGUGAUCUGGGACUAUCACGUUAUCCUUGUUUACGACGACCAAGUGAAUGGAGGAGACGAAGGGACAAAAGAGGAAACAAAUUCCAAGUCAACUUGUUUCGUCUAUGAUUUAGAUACUCUCUUGUCUUUCCCUGUCUCUCUCGAAGAGUAUGUCAACUCGUCGAUUCAAGAAGACGAAACUCUUAGACCUGAAUUCCACCGUUGGUUCCGUGUGAUCCCCGCAGCCCAAUAUUUGACCUCCUUUGCAUCUGAUCGCAGUCGCAUGAAGAGGGAAGACGGAACUUGGAUCAAGGAACCACCUCCUUACCCCCCAAUCGCGACAAUCAAUUGUUCUGAUAAUCUCAAAACUCUCAUCUCAAUGGAUCCCGAAAAUUGUGACAUUGGAAAAGUGAUGAACUUUAAUCAAUUCAAGAAUCGCUUCCUGCACUCGAGCGAUUCCAAAGAUUCCGAGAAAAAGGGUUGAUUAGUUUCUAAUUGGGUCGACAAUUAGAACGUUGUAAAUUCAUUUCAAUCAUCCAAUUGUAUUGUUGCUCCUUCUCAUCAUCAUCUUAACCAUUUCCUAAACCACUAGACUAAUCCG